AUGUCCGAUGAAAGCACAGACCCCUUCCUAUACCUGAACUAUGACUGCACCUAUCUGGUCCUUCAAUAUCUUAGCAUCCACGACUUGGCGCAUGCCCAGUUGGUCUGUAACCUCUGGCAUAUCCUGCUUCGGGAAUGGGUUGGCGGGCCUGCACUUCGCUUGCAUUUCCCAGACGCCUGGAAAGAGCUGAGGCAGGAAGAAGAGGAAAGACAAACAGCAGAAAUGCAGGGUAACAUAGGCAAUGACGGAGAUAUGCUCGAGGACGCACAUGAUAACAGAUCGAGCAGGCUGGAAAUGUUCAACUUGUACGCUUCCGAUCAAGCUUGCAGCGAAGCAUGGGUGUCAGGGAGACCGAAGGUUACAUAUAACUACCCUCUCGGUCACCCGUUGGGCAAUAUGUACACCAUCGCAGGAGAUUUCAUUGCAUGGCCGCAGGGAGAUAGCAUCUUCUGGCAGCGUGUUGGAUACCAAGAAUGCGAAAGCAACGCCCAAUUGAGCCAAUACCCCGUCAAAAAGCUCGAUGUUAAUGUCCGUAGGUACAAUGUGCAUUUUAUCCGCGCUCAUGCCGCUGGGCUGUUGUUGCUCGUGGUUUACGUCCCCGAAGAGAGGGUGUUCAGGGAGCACGUCUUCCAUCUCGAAACAGGCAAGGAGCUCUGGGUAAAACAACGGGACGAGGAAAGCGGCAGGCCCUACCCCAUCGCAAUGGGCAUGGACAGGCUGUACCUAUACCACAACAACACCAGGCGAGGCGUCGACACGUACGAUCUGCGCACGGGCACCCUCCUCGCUUCCCAACCCUCCUGCCUCCCAGACGCGGACAUCGACAACCGCCAAACCCGCAUUUGGCGUCUCGGCGGGCGCGAUGUCCUCGUCGCACUCAGCGUCGUCAAUGUCCACGCCUGGCACAUCGAUGCACUAAUCCACUUCAUCGACCCUGACCAAGGACGCACGAUCGACACGAUUCUGUUCCGGCACCACGUUGGUCUCGAUCCGCGGGCUGUGAAGGUUCGGGUCUCGAGCCGACUUAAUGAGUUCGCGUUCGCUCUGGUAAGCGAGGUUUGUGAUGAAGAGAUGUUUCUGCUGAAGAUCCAGACUUUCGACUAUGACUUUGCGACUGGGAAGUUCGUUAAGCGAGGAUCAUCUGAGUGGUUUGAUUUGACCGACCUGGAUAUCAAACCGGCGGAUUUGCUGGACUAUGAUCCCUUCCGCCGUGUUAUCGCUGUUGCUGGGAGACGGGAUAUUUCGCCUCGGAUUAUCUCCUUGGACGGCGAUAUGGGAAGCUUUACAUGUCGAACCCUUGCUAUCAAUACACCUGCUGGUAGUGUGGUAGGUGGGCUGGAAAACGUGAUUAUUGACGGUAGCCGCCUGUACGUGUGUUAUGAGUCCGUCCACUGUAUGGACGACUCCGGCAGACUUGCCCGGAAACAUGAGACUGCCGUGUUUGAAUUUGGCACACGAAGUAACUCGAGCUCGCAUCUCAGUCUAGGCGGGGAGGUGUGUCUGCAUCCACUGGAUUCUAUUGGUGAUCUUGGACGGCUGAUAUAA